AUGGUGAUAUCUUGUACACAGCUGGUGAAAGGCGAAGAACGAGAAGGUACACUGGGUGUGAUAACCGAGGCUGUCGUCAGACUACACGCACGACCAGCGUGUUUGAGUGCAGCCAUAUGCUCAUUUCCAACUGUACAUCAAGCAGUCGACGCUGUUGUGGCC